AUGCUUCCGGGCAGCAGAGGAGCAGGCGCGACAGCAAUUGAUGCGAUGGCGUGGCGACGCGGUGCCGAGCAGCAGGAGAAGGUCUCCCGCCGGCACAUGCGAAGCCCGUUAUGUGCACCCGCACAGACCGUCGUGUCCACUGGAAGCCCAACGAAAAGCGGGAACUCUCGCUUAGCGUCGAGACUCGCCUCGGGCGAUGACAACAUCGACUACGGGCCUCCAGUCAAAGAACGACAGGUUGCUUGUGGUUGCUGGCGCACGCGGCGGUGCUGGGUCGGCGGCCGCCGUCUAGCGCACAAGCAGCGUGCAAAAGGUAGAGCACGUAUGGUAUGCAAGGUGCAGCCGAACCUCUCCGUGAAAAAGCAAGCCACGCGGGACCGCGGCGUGCAUUCAUGUAGUCCAGUCGCUGAUGCAGACGAGGGGCAUGUUCGUGCCUGCGCGCCGGCAAUGUCGCUGCAGCACAGAGGCGGCGGCUCCACGAAGCAGCCACGAAUGUUGCAGUGGGAACAGCUGCCAGAAUUGAUGCAGGCAGCUUUCCUGUCCAUUGAUGUCGAUGAGGGUCGUUUCCAGUGCUUACGCGAACAGACAUGGUGCUAUGACUGGGAGGGUUGGCAGGCAGUUGAAGGUGACAUGCAUGAUGAAGCGAUCUUGGCUUGGGUCGAACGCUUCACGCGCCUCAGUGCGCAAGACGAAACGGCAGCAAGCGGCCAUGGCGGCCAUAAUGCGCGACCCUGUCAGAUGGGCGCCGUCAUGAAGAGGCGCGGGAAGCCUUGCCAGCAUGCCGCGCUGUGCGCGAACACGGCAGAGGCGCGGUUCCGCAGUCACACUGGCACGGCAGCGCGUUCAAGUUGUGGAAGUCGCGUGGACAUGAUGUCGCCAUGUUACGGCUUGCGCCAGCAAAACAACAGUGCACCCGGAAGUCGCGCGAGCAUGCGGGGUGGCGCUCCGCUAAGCGCUGGAAUUGUCACGGAGACUGCCACAAUGCCCCGAGCACCGUGUUUCUUCUGUGACGUCGUCUGCGUCGAGCAAUGUCAGAUCAAUUUCGCAGACCAAUACCUGUGUCGUUGUGGAGCCUGUCGUCGGCGGGUCUGCAACCUAUGUGCGGAGCAGGAGCUUCGCGAGUUUUACUGUCCAUGGUGUGUGGAAAAUCGAGUAGCUGCCUUAGAAGCCGCACAGGGCUUCGCGCGCAUCCGAGCCUGCGCAAGGCAUCAUCAAGCUCUACAGGAAGAUCGCGAUUAUACGUACUGUGCGCAGGUGGCGCCGCCGCAUGCCGCCGCGAAAGCAUGCAUAGGUAUGGUGCCUCGGGCGGAAGCUUGUUCCGCGUCCUUUGCUUGCACGCGGCCGCGGACCGGGGGCGCACGUGAGCCAUCGGCAGAUAUUGGCAGCGAAGCAACACUGCCGGACCUUCUCGAAGCCGUGCUGCUGUCGGUGCUCGGCGACACAACAAAAGUUGCAAAUCUUCUACAGCAGACUUGGGUGAAAGAGUGGCACGGCUGGCGUGACGUAGCAGAUGCCACGACCGACAGUACAAUUUUGCACCUAGGUCAACGACUGCUAAAACUGGCAGAGAAAAACGCCGCAGUGAAGGUCCAAAGCAAUCAGGAAAGGCUGGAGGCGCUGCGACUCGAGGGGUGGCAGUUGCGCCAAGGACACGCGCAUGGAGCCAACAACUGUCUCCUGGACUCGCUACUCGUGGCUUUAGCUAGUGCUAGCGUACUGCCGCGGAGCUUGCAGGAUGACGUUCCGCGCAGGGCAGAUGCCUGCGCCGCUUGUCGCGCGGAGUUCGUCCAGGGGCCGGAUGCAAGUCUCCGUCCACAGGACCGCGACUUGCGCGGGCAGGGCCAGGCGAACGAUCAGGCAUACCUGGAACUGGAUCGACACGGGCCGCCCGCCGCGACAUUUCUGUACAACUACAUCACCGGUCGCCCGUGGCCGAGGACACUCGCGGUGGACGUAAUUGUUUACACGCGCUUUGACAACGCGGACAUGAAUCCCGAGGCAUGGCCCCUGCGAGUAGGAGCUGUAAGGCAGCCAGCGGACGCCGUUGUGCGCCUUUACAAUCACAUGGACGACCGCGGUGACGGGUACCAUUUUGACGCUUUGGUGGCAACAGCCGCCGACGCAGCGCGUCUGCCGCAGACAUCGCCGGCAACUCCAGGCGCUCGCCGUGCCGCGGCCAGCCAUGCAGCCGACGCAACGCGGAACGCAGUUGCUCGAGCGGCCGCCGGACCGGGGUCGGCUCAGAGCAUCGCUGCGGCAGGCACGCCGUCGCCGUGGGCCGACUCGUCCGCGGGGCGGAUCGCAGCUGAGCAGCGCGCACAGUGGGCGCCAUCAUUGACGGAGAUGCUUUCUGCAUUGGAUGCCUUCCUGGCCCGGCGCGGUGCCGGGGGCAUCCGAGCCAACCGCGCCGACGCUGCGCGCGCGGUGGCGGCGUGGAACCGGCAGGACGAGCUGGCUGUAGUACUCCAAACCCUCCUGCAGGCAGGGCUUACGUACAGCGACGUGUCCCGAGUCACGGCCCGCAAGGUGGCUGCAGAGUUCCGCGGAUUUAUAUGGACGUUCCACGCGGGCGCAGGUAGGACGCUAGGUGCGCAGGCCGCGGACGCGGCCGCCCCGAGCAAGACCGUUGCGCCCUCAGGCGCGGACCCCCCCUCGCCCUGUGGCGACGAGCAGCAGACAAAAGCGAAAGGGAAACGACCCGCGCAAACGAAGGGAAAGGGCGGGCGCGCGCGUGCCAUUGCUGCAGCGGCCACAGCCGCGACCAAAAAGCACAAGGCGAAAGCCCCCAAAAGUAGGCGCAACCGGGAGCGCGGCGCAAGCGGCAAGCCGCUGUCGCGAAGACGUCAGCAAUCGCCGCCGAAGCCAACGGCGUCCAAGCGAGGCGGCCCCGCCGCGGUGCCGGCAGCCGCGAAGCGCCGCCGCUAUUCAUCGAAGCAGCCCCCACGCUCGAACGAGCCAUCCAGAGCAGAGGAGUGCAUGCGCGACGUGGAAGAAGAUCAUUUUGUCCUGCGCACGCGGCCCGUGACGACCACGGACGACCCGCGCGCGCGUGCCGAUGCAUUGCUGUCGGCACUGGCGGAUCAGUUCUUAGAGUACCCGACGCUCCCACAGGCCGCGCAGCUACGCGCGCGGAGUCGUGCGGCGGCGCAGAUCGCGCACGCCCACUGUGCGUUUGGAACGUGUGGAUGGACCGGUGGCAGCGAAGCCGAGUUGCAGAAGCAUGUGCUGGCAGCACAUGCAGCGUGCUUGCGGCCAGCGGCAGCGGCGCUCAGUGACAAGGGCGCGGAUGCCGGCGGCGGCCAGGGCGUGGCCACGCUUGGCGGACGCCUAUGGGAUGCCUAUCGUGCAGCUCUCGACGUGGCAUGCCAGCGCAGCGCGCCGCUGGCUUGCACGACUUUAGAUCGACGCUGUCUGCGGGAAGCUGCGCAAGCACUUGCAGAAGCUCCUCCCGAAACCAGAGUCUGUCUGCUCUGUGCCAGACGACGACCGUUUGUGCGCGGAGCCCACAGCCAGAUUUGGUUCAGUAGGGCGCUGGAAGAAGACGACGACGGCCGCGUCCAUUUUCUUGGGCUCACGGCGGAGUGCACUGCCGCGCUGCUUGGGAGCGAAACAUACGUGGAGCGGUACGUGGACGACAAGGCAGGGCCGCGGCGCGAAGGCAUGCUUCGCGAUCUGCGGGACUGGACCUGUGCUUUGGACUUUCCGGCCGGGCCCAUCAAGGUGAUUUGCUGUCCCGAGGACAAAGAAUGCAAGGCCGGCUGCAGUGAGCACCAUGCGUGCGCGCGCUGCUGGAUCCCUGUCUGCGCAUCGUGCCGGGAGCAGGCUGGCAAGGGAGCCAUUCCCAAGGAGGCACUCGCUAACGACAUGGUCGUGUAUUAUGCGCCGCGCGAGCUGUACGAAUUCAAGGUGACGAUGCUGGAGCUGGUGUGUGCCAGCCCAUGCUUAACCAGUUUAAUUUGCUUCAGUCUGGAAAAGAAGUACAGGAAGCGGCGGACGCUGGAUGAGCGCGUGCACAUGCAGCGGCAUCGGCAAGGGGCGCGAGGGAACGCUACUACGUUCUUGCUCGACUGGGAAAGCUUGCUGGCGCAGUUCCGGGGCUACGAAGUAAAUCUGGCGCCACAGGCGAGGGCGCCCUUGCCUCGAACGGGUGAGGACCUGCAGAAAUUUGUGUCCGUGAUAUUAAAGACCAGCGAUACGGAGCUGACGCCGGAAGAGCUUAGCAAGUUGAUUCACCAGGCACGGGUCCGGCGUCGCGUUGUGAUCAUGCUGAUUGAAAAAGCGUGCGAGCGAGAGCAUCCGGCGUUCCGCCAACUUGACCUUGCCCAGGUGCGGCUACGGGCAGAGAGGGAGUUGCCCGAAGAUGGCGUCCCGCCCGAAGUGGUCGCCGUUCUUCCGUGUGACGAUAAUUUGCAGCAAAUCGAGAAACAAAAGGUUGCGGCGCCGGUGGCAGCGCCAGCAACCGUAGAAGAGGCAGCGCUCGACUUGGACCUGAAGCGCCCCAAUGCGGUAGUCUUGGAGAAGACGGGUUUGGAAGCCGUGGAUUACGAGGCCCAGCGUUUAGAGGCGGUGCGCGCCCUGGCCGAAGUCGCCGAAGAGGAUUUGCGAGACUCAGGCAGCGAGCAAGAGGAUGGACCGGCUCCGGAAACGGACGUGGUGUCGCGGUCCACGCCCAUGAACCAGUUUGCGCCGUGGUACUUUGGCGUUGCUUUCGCCUACUUGUUUCAGUAUUGCACAGCCAUGCCCGAUCCGCCAAACUGGGGAGAGUUCCGGGACAAGCGGUGGCGUCGCCCGCCCGAGGCCCCACACAUCGGACUAGCCGACUGGGUCCGGACGAUGUCUCGGCGCGUGGAAAGCCAGCUGGGCCGCGAUUGGACGUUCGGUUACACGACAUGGAAUGUGUUAUUUCGUUCGGCUGUGAACCUGUCGCGCAGUGUGUACUCCUACGACACGCCGGUUCUGCAAGACUCCGGCGAGUGGGGCAAGCUCACCGCCGCGGCCCUCGAAAAUGCCGCCAUCGAAAUCCUACGGGCCCUGAAAGGGACGUAUGCAACGCCAGACGGACGGCGGCUCCCUGUCAACGGCAGCCUCACACUUGCCAAAUACGCAACGGGCUUGUCUGCGACGGCGCGCCGCAUCUUGGCGAAUAUGAAUCACACGGCCCGCGUCAUUCCCGGCACGCAGGAGGCUCGUCGACAGAUGCGCUUCGAAAUUCAGGGAAUGCGGGUGCGGUACGGCACCCCCAUUUUCGUCACCGUGACCCCCGACGAAGGCCAUCAGCUGCUGUACAUUCGUUUGUCCCGUCACCGCCGAAGUGACCCGAUUCGACUCGUGGAGGUCGGCGCGGCGGCAGCCGCAGGAGACCGGGCGUGGCCUGCGCUCGACGCCGACUUCACAUGUUCCUUGCCCGUUGAGUGCCUGGAACCGCGUGUGCCCAACUGGGAAGAACGACGGCGCAUCCUCGCACGGGAUCCGCUGGCGACGGUGGACGGGUUUCGCGUCACGAUGCUACUGCUGCUGCGACACCUGUUCGGUAUGAGCACAUGCCUGUACUGCCCAGAUUGCAGUUGCGGGCCAACACCGUGUCAGGACAAUCGCGGCAGCAACGCAAAAACCAAUGGCGGCGUCUUCGGUAGAUGCGACGCGGCCUAUGUAGCUAUCGAGUUCCAGAAAUCGAGUGGAAGUGGGCACGGUCACAUACAGUUGUUCGUGCAGUGCUUGCAUCAGCACGAGAGUCUGCGCGAGAUUUUCGCUGCAACGUCCGAGCGCGCGGCGGCGCUGCGGGAGGCCUACCUGCAUUACACGUCGCACGUGCGCAGGUGCAUCUACGACAGAGACCCUGUCGAGGUUACGGCAGCGCUACACGCGGCAGAACAGCGGUGGCCGGAAUACAAGUCAGAGCGGCGGCUCAUCAGCAGGCCGCGUUACCAAGCCGGCGUCAUGGCCGCAGAAAACAGCGACGAGGAAGCGGAGCUUUGGACCGAGGCGUAUCUGCGCGAGGACGUGUUUUGGCUGCAGGUCCUGAAGCAGCACCACGUGCAUCUUCCGGAUCCAAUCACAGGCGAGCGCGCGCCGCAAGCAGGUUGCCUCAAAGCCGACAACCCCCGUGACUGCAAAAGCGGCUUUCCGCGGGACGCUGAGGUGACCGACGAAGCGGCCGUCAUGUGCCCGUGUCGUUUGCAGGCGCGCGACAUGCCAGCGUCCGGACGCAAGAAUUGCAUCUGCACGCUUCAGGGACCUCGCGACGAAGCUUACCUCAACGGCACGCACCCUGCCAUUUUAGCAUUUGGUCGCUGCAACUCGGAUGUGCAGCUCCCAUACCGCUUGCCGUAUGCCUGCGACGUGUGCGCGUCGCCGACGGACUCCCGGGAGCUGCAAGAGAUCGUUACAGCAGCGCAACGUGCGCAGGAUGCGCAGACUGGAUACUGCUGCGACUACUGUGCGAAAACGCAACCUAUGGCAUUUGCCGAGUUGAAGGAGCUCCAGAAAGGGCAUGCUCGCUUAGCAGAACAAACACAGGGCCGUGGCGUGGAGUAUCAGGGCAAGCGGCACAUGACGCGCUUUUUAUCGGAUGCGUAUUGCAAGGGGAUCGUUCGAGGGCAGGCCGAGUGCUGCAAUCUGCGUUGCAACUACAAGGACGGCGACGCGGCGUGCGCGGAAAGAAUCACAACAACGCAGUAUGUGACAUUUCCCGGACGAGAUUUCCUUCGCUACGCAGACUUGGCGAUGACCGGCGAAACGGAACAUCGCCGACGGGUAACGGCAAUGUCGCUGGGCCGCAGCAAGCAUAUGCCGCGACAGCGGCAACUAGCGGAACGUGAACCAGCAGAGUUCUACGCGCGCCGGCCGCGCAACAGCGCGUGCUGGCAUCUCUCUCCCUACGAAUUUUUGUUGUAUUGGCAGGUCGUUCCCACAACUUCGCCUACGACGUGGCAGGAGUGGAAGACACAACCCCGCAGCACAUGGGACGUGGUGCUGACGGACAGCGGCGAGGAAAAGCUUCGGGCGGGAGGAGGCAAGCGCGUGCGCCUCGUGCCCGGCAAGGAUACGCGCCUGCGCGUCGAACCCAGCGGCGACACCCUGGCCUUCGAGGACAUCCCCACGAACACGCUUGUGCGUGCCGCGUGGCUGCUGCGCAGACGCCGCCGCCCGCGCUGCCCGACCUUUGGCCACUGCCCGGUGCCGCGGUACCAGCAAGAAUGCCAGGAGGAGAACUCCAAACUAUGCAUGGUGUAUUUUCGGGCGUGGACAGGGAUGCCCCAGCAUGCGGACCGCGAUGUGCCUCAUAUAGCCGACUUGCAGGGCAGGAAACGAAACAGCACGUUGGGAAUUUCCUGUCCGUCUACCGCGUACGCUCUCGCUGCGGACGCCGAGAACAGUGACAACGACGGCGCAGACACGAGCGCCGUGCGCGUGACUGCGGACAAUCUGGCUACGAGCCUGACCACGCGCAAGACCGAAAAAAACGGGGUGGAGGCGCCGGGCGCAGAAUACGCAGACUUGGAGCAGACGUGGCGAGCGGAACAAACAAACGAAGGGAAGCCGGACCGAGCGCUAGCCGCAGAGAACACGCUGGAUGUGCGGGAACUGGUGAAAGAAGCACGGAAAGCGCCGCAGGGCGGCGCAGAGGCAGAGGAUGCUGUCGCAGAGGAAGCGCUGGAGCGCGAACCGACUGUACGCACGCAUGGCAUCCGUGCCACCGUGCGUGCUGUCCAGCAGUGGGUGACGGAGUUGCGCACUCGCGUGGAUGAGAAGGGCAGACUUGUCUGCAACAGAGCGCAGCACGCUUUCAUCGAGCGGGUGGCGCGUCGAGUUGUGGAGGAAAUGCAAACAGGCGAGGCACAGGGUGGUGCGCGUUCGGGCCUGCCAGAUGCUAUGCGCUGGGUGCUGCAUGGCGGGCCUGGCACCGGCAAAACACACGCGGUCAAACUUCUGCGCAAGGAGCUAUUCGAAGACAUCCUGGGCUGGCGCCAAGGCCUGCAGUUUCAGUUCGCGGCGCUGCAGGCGGUAACAGCCGAGAUGAUCGAUGGGGACACGCUGCACCAUGCCUUCGGGUUGAGCUGGGGCCAGAGCGCCGCAGAGACGACACCGCUAACGGAAGGACUGCAGCAAGCGCAGCGCAUGCUCCAGCUGCGCUGGCUUAUAAUAGACGAAAUAAGCAUGGUGAGUGUGGAACUCCUGGCAAAGCUAGAGCAGGCGUGUCGGCGGGUGAUCCGGAAUGGCAGCCCGUUCAAGCGUGAUGCAGCCAACGUCGACAAGCCCUUCGGAGGCUUGAACGUUCUUGCCGUCGGGGAUUUGUGGCAACUGGAGCCUCCCAAAGGGCAUUUCAUCGCCGAUUUGCCGCACGAGUGGCUGGGCAGUGCAGGCGCCCGGCAGCGGCCCCUCCUGGCGCAGGGGCAGGAGUUGAUGUGGGGGCCGCCGGAGCUUGCCUUCCAGGGUUGCACGGAGCUGGAGGAAUGCGAGCGCACCAAAGAUGAGUGGCUCAAAGAGUUGCAGGACGAAUUCCGCUUCGGUCAGCUCAGUGCCGACAACCAUGCUUUCUUGCACGGAAGACCAACGCGCGUGCCAGGAAGCUGGCUGCGCGGGCGAGCCGGGUGCGGACAAGCAAAGUGCCAAUGCCUUGGCGUACAGCGAGUAACACCGGAGACCAUCCUAGCGCAGGAAUGCGCGGUGUGCUGCGCCGAGCGCGCCUCGCGCCGAUUAGUAGCUGAAUCGCCGCACGACCCUAGAUUCUUGGGUCGCUUCGUCCUCGCGCCCUCCAUCUUCGCCACGAACGUGCGGAAAUGCCACACCAACAAAAUCCGCGCCGAGGCUUUCGCGCGUCGCACGAAACGGCAUUUGCACUACGUCGUGGCCCAGGAUCGCGCUUGUGCGGCCGUCGUGCGCGAGAAACCGGACCUGGCCGAGCAGAAACUGCUCUGGCUGCAGCGCCAUGACCGGGAGUGCGGCGAGCUGUGUGGCAUGCUGCCGCUGUGCGACGGCAUGCCGGUGCUUUUGACGGACCACCUCAACCGAGCGCGCGGGCUCCUGAAAGGACGGCGGGGCUUUGUGACGGGUUGGCGCCACGCUACUGAUGGUGCUGAACCAGCGGGGCCCGGCUGCACGGUCUGGAACCAGCUGCCCGAAGUAGUUUACGUGCGCUUCCCCGGCGCGAAGUGGCGCAUUACUGGGCUGGCCACGGGCGUGUUUCCCGUUGUACCGAAGCGUGCGACGUGGCAUCUGGAUGCCGGCCGAAAAUCGCCGGUGCUGGCAAUCCGUCGACAGCAACUUCCCCUAAUACCAGCGUUCGCUAUGACGGCGCAUCAAGCGCAAGGACAGACGCUGGAGGAAGGCAUCGUCGCAGAUCUGUGUUAUGGCGCGUACAGCAACGUCUUGGCCGCCUAUGUGGCCCUGACGCGGGUCACGAGCCGGGAAGGUAUUCUCAUUCUGCGGCCCUUCGAUGCGGCUCCAUUCCAGCAGGGCGACACGAGCUUCCGAGCCUUGUUGAUGCAGCACUUGCGCACGCACGAUGUCAACUGGGACGCCGUCGUGCAGAGGUACGUGCGCGUAAAAACCUGCAGCGAAUGCCGAACAGAGCGGCUGAAAUCGGCUUUUACAGCAGGACAAUGGAAGCAGCCGGACGGAGCAGCGAUCUGCAAAGAGUGCACGAAGUCGUACCGCGAACGCGGCACGCCGUACCGCUGUAAGCGCUGCAAGCGAUGGCAGGCACCAGAGGCGUUUCCCGGCAAAAUCAGCAACUAUUUAAUCUGGCAGAGCACCUGCCUCAUGUGCGUGGAGAAGCGGCAGUGUGGAACUUGUCAGCACUGGUUUCCGCAAGCAGCGUUCAGGCCCAACGGCUGGCGCCAAAAGCGGGACCGGACGUGCAACAUCUGCCGCCAGCAGCUCCGGAAUCGAGACAUUGGCCUGCGUGCGCGCCGGCGGCUGCACAGACGACAAGAGACGGUGCGUGCUGCGCACCGCUGCCAGAAGCGGCAGCAGAUCUUGCAGGAGGUGCGAGCGGAGAUCCUCAAGCGACAAAAGCAGCAAUAUACCUACGAAUGCCCGCAAUGCAAGGCAACAGUCGACUCAACCACACGGGACGGAUGCAUCAACAACCAACGAAGCUGUGGACACAAGUUUACUGUUGCUGGAGGAAAGGUCGUAGCGACUUGGUCGGCAGACGCUAGAUAUUCGUACGCGUGCCCACAGUGCAAGGCCAGGGUCGAGUCAAUCAUACGAGACGGGAGCAUCGACAACCGACGACAAUGUGGACACAAGUUUACUGUUGCUGCAGGCAAAGUCGUGGCGACUCGCUCGGCAGAGGCUAGAUAUUCGUACGAGUGCCCACAGUGCAACGCGAAGGUCGAGUCAAGCAGAGGAGAUGGGUGCAUGGACAACCGACGACAAUGUGGACACAAGUUUACUGUUGCUGCAGGCAAAAUCGUGGCGACUCGCUCGGCAGAGGCCAGAUAUUCGUACGAGUGCCCACAGUGCAACGCGAAGGUCGAGUCAAGCACAGGAGACGGGUGCAUCAACAACCAACGACAAUGUGGACACAAGUUUACUGUUGCUGCAGGCAAAGUCGUGGCGACUCGAGCAGCAAAAGCCAGAUACUUGUACAAGUGCCCACAGUGCAACGCAAAGGUCGAGUCGAGCACACGAGACGGCUGCGUCAACAACCGAGGACACUGUGGACACAAGUUUACGGUUGCUGCAGGCAAAGUCGUGGCGACUCGGUCAGCAAAGGCCAGGUAUUCGUACGAGUGUCCGCAGUGCAAGGCAAAGGUCGACUCGAGCAUACGAGACGGACACAUCGACAACCGACGGAAGUGUGGACACCAGUUUAACGUUGCAGCAGGUGAGGUCACAGCGGAGCUAGCGGUGAGUAGCCACAGGCGUUCAUGA